AUGACGUCAGUGAGGACACCUGUACAGAGCAAUCAGACCUACGAGGGAGACACUCACUUGCACUUCUCUUAUCUUCCCACUUGGCUCGGUUUGUACUGGUUAAUCGUACAAUCUCUCAGGUGGAAUCCGGUUUGGCGAUUCACUUUUGCCGAUAGACUCUCCCGGAGGUACGGUGACGAUCUCCCGAAGCUCGACGCUUUCGUUUGCACGGCGGAUCCGGUGAUCGAGCCGCCGUUGAUGGUGGUCAACACAGUCCUAUCCGUGAUGGCUCUCGAUUACCCGCCGGAGAAACUCGCCGUGUAUCUAUCGGACGACGGUGGCUCUCAGCUCACGUUCUACGCUCUCGCGGAAGCAGCUGAGUUUGCUAAAACAUGGGUUCCGUUCUGUAAGAAGUUCGAUGUAGAGCCGAGAUCUCCAGCUGCUUACUUGUCUAGCAAGGCAAAUGGUCGAUACGGUGAAGGGUUAUCGCAGUGGGAUUCUGAGGCUACUCAAAGAAACCAUGGAGCCAUUCUUCAAAUUUUGGUAGACGGAAGAAGAAAAGAGAAGACAGUAGCACCAUUACCAACGUUGGUGUAUCUAUCGAGAGAGAAGAGACCUGAGCAUCAUCAUCACUUCAAGGCCGGAUCAAUGAAUGCAUUGGUAAUGGUCUCUUCUUAAUGUGACACAUGUGGGAGAAUCGUUCUAAAUUUGGACUGUGAUAUGUAUGUAAACAACUCAAAGUCAGCACUCGAAGCGCUCUGCAUCCUCCUUGAUGAGAAAGAAGGGAAAGAGAUUGCGUUCGUACAGUUCCCGCAGUGUUUUGAGAACCUUACGAAGAAUGAUUUGUAUGAUGCGAGUAAUUGCGCAUGUAAGGUGGAGUUUAAUGGAUUGGAUGGAAAGGGCGGACCGUUUUACAUUAGGACUGGCUGUUACGAUGAUGAUGAUGAAGAAGAAGAAUUUGAGGAGGUUCAAGAUAUUUUAGAGCCUGAGAUGAUCAAGGCUUACGAAACAAACUCUCAAUGGGGAAAGGAGAUGGGUGUUAAAUACGGCUGCCCUGUAGAAGAUAUAAUUACCGGUUUAUCGAUUCAGUGCCGGGGAUGGAAAUCAGCGUACCUGACACCUAAAAAGGAAGCUUUCCUCGGGGUAGCGCCGACCAAUUUGCAUCAAAUGUUGGUGCAGCAGAGGAGAUGGUCUGAGGGAAACUUUCAAAUUCUGCUUUCAGAGUACAGUCCGGUUUGGUUUGGUCAAGGCAAGAUCGGUUUAGGAUUGAUAGUUGGUUACUCUUGCUAUGGCCUCUGGGCUCCAAGUUCAGUACCUCUACUUGUUUACUCCGUUUUGACUUCUCUCUGUUUAUUCAAAGCCAUUCCUCUGUUUCCAACGGUCUGGAGCUGGUGGUUUAUCCCGUUUGGAUACGUGACAGUUGCAGCAAAUGCUUAUAGCCUAGCCGAGUUUUUGUGGUGCGGAGGAACGUUGCGUGGGUGGUGGAACGAGCAAAGGAUGUGGCUUUAUAGAAGAACAAGCUCGUUUCUUUUCGGGUUCAUGGACACGAUUCAGAAGAAACUUGGGGUUUCUGAGUCUGCGUUUGCCAUCACAGCAAAAGUAGCAGAAGAAGAGGCUGCAGAGAGGUAUGAGAAAGAGGUAAUGGAGUUUGGAGUGGAGUCUCCCAUGUUUCUACUCCUGGGAACACUCGGGAUGCUCAAUCUUCUCUGUUUUGCCGCAGCGAUUAUGAGACGAGUGGUAAUAAUUACUUGUAAAGACAGUGGAGGAGAUUUUCAGACAAUGGGUUUGCAGUUUGUGAUAACAGGAGUACUUGUGGCACUAAACUUGCCUUUAUACCAAGGCAUGCUGUUGAGGAAUGAUAAAGGGAAGAUGCCACUGAGCGUGACAGUUAAAUCAGUUGUCUUAGCUUUAUCUACCUGCACUUGUAUUGCGUUUCUGUAAAGGGAAAAAGAGUCAAAUGUAUUGCUCACCAGUAUGUCUGCUACUUCAUAUAUCUUCCCAUGUUGAUUGCUGAUUUGAUUCACAGCACUCCUUAAGAUUAGAACCUUGUUACCUUUUGACUAUUCAUCACCAACCAUUUGCUAAUAAAAAGUCAAAAGAAACAAGCCUUUAAUCUUUUA